AUGCGGGACUUUACUCCCACUCCCAGCCCGGACAGCCGUGCUGACUCCCCCACUCGCGAGGAAAAGGCGAAGGCCUGUCAUAUCAUUGUUAAGGGUCAAAUCAAGGAAGAGAUCCUGAAGAGGGCUAGACGCACCUAUCCCAAAGUGCUUCCUCCUCCCAAGGAGCCGAUGCUAAUCUGCUACAUCUACUCAACUGGUGCAUACGCCAAAACCCGCAAUCCGCUCGCGUAUAUCUCCAGACCCACUACUCUCGGUCCGUCUGAGAUUGACUGUCUGUCCAAGUACCUUCGAUCUUUUGACUCCAGCCACCCUAGUAGCUACAUGAGACUUCACCUCAUCCAGCACGGGGAUCUUCACUACUUCUUGACCGCUGUAUUCUUUGGUUGGGACACUGACAAGGAAAUUGGGCCUCAGCCUGUCCUUCGUGAGCGAGUCCUCACCGACUAUGCUUUCCGUGCUGGCCUUCUAAACCAUGACAUCGGCCCCAUCAUCAACAAGGAUGGACUCCUUGAUGAGUCUGGACGCCGCUUGUGGGACUAUGCCUACAUGGCUUUCAAGGUCGACCACAUUACCCUGGAGUGGCGGGUCUCUUGGGUGGAUCGUAACGGCAACGCUGUUGAACGCGAUGACGUGGACCUCUUCGGCUGGCUUGACUACAAAGCCGCUGUCAAGGAAACCAUCAAGAACUUCGACAAAAAGCAAAACCAGCGAAUCAUGGCCUACAACUAG